AUGUCGUCAACUCACCCCGUGACGUUUUCCAAAACAUUCAAAACCAAAUCAGGUAAAGAUAUCACAAUAGGUUUAGGUACAGGAACCAAAUGGAAAAAGUCCCAUUCAGAUUUUGAAAUAAAUAAAGAGUUGGUUGAUCAGCUAUUAUUGUCGUUGGAUUUGGGAUUCAGGCACAUCGACACUGCAGAGGUGUACAAUACUCAGCGCGAAGUAGGCGAAGCUUUGAGAAGGACCAGUAUUCCAAGAGAGGAUUUAUGGAUCACAACCAAAUAUAAUGGUGGCUGGGGCAAGAUCAAAGGUAGUGAUUCACCAGAAAAGUCAAUCGACAAGGCAUUGAAAGAGCUCGGCGUUGACUACAUAGACUUGUACUUGAUACACUCGCCAUUUUUCACAAAAGAUGUUUCUAAUGGAUUUUCAUUAGAAGAUGUUUGGAAAGUUCUUAUUGAAGCUAAAAAGCAAGGCAAGGUUCGAGAAAUUGGAAUUUCAAAUGCCGCUAAACCUCAUUUGGAAAGAUUACAUGCGAUAUCGCCAAGUUCCGAGUAUUUCCCAGUAGUCAACCAAAUUGAGUUUCACCCUUUUUUACAAAAUCAAUCAAGAAACAUUGUUCAGUAUUGUCAAGAACAUGGCAUUUUAGUAGAAGCGUUUUCUCCAUUGGCACCAUUGGCAAGAGUUGAAAAUAACGCAUUAGGCGAUUUGUUGAAGAAGCUUUCUCAAACUCAUUUGAAAACCGAUGCUCAAAUAUUGUUGAGGUAUACUUUACAAAAGGGAAUUUUACCAAUUACUACAUCCUCAAAGGAAAGUAGAAUUAGGGAAUCUUUGGAUUUGUUUGAUUUCGAGUUGAGUAGAAGCGAAGUAGAGGAAAUUGACAAAAUUGGUCAAGAAAAUCCAUAUAGAGCUUUUUUUCAUGAACAGUUUAAAGAUUUGUGA